AUGGCGGAAGAAGUGAGCGACUCAGUCACGUAUACAGUAAAAGUAACCGUCAAAGUCACUGUCACUGACGAAGAAACAGCCAUACGCGAUGACGUCGCACCAGGACUCUCUUCUUCUUCCGUUCAACUUGCUUCGUGUGAAAGCAAUAGGAACAAACUUAGUAGGAAAAGAAAGGUCUUAUGCGAUUCUGAAAAAACCGAAGCUGAUGGCUUAGAAGCAGUAGCAGAAUCUAUGAAAGGUGGCGCUGAAACGGUGUUGUUGACGGACAGUGAAAGUUCGGUUGACGGUUAUGAUAUGGCAGCCAGUGCUUCAUCUUCUGUUAAAAUUGCCUGGAGGAAAAUGAAGGUCUGCCGGAGAAAGAACAAUGCAGAAAUUGUGAAUAUUUCUAGUUCUGAAGAAGAUUAUGAAGCUGCACUUGAUGGAGAAAUUCAAAUCCAAGAGAAUGCUGUGUUGAAGGACAAUAAUCAGGACUAUCCUGAAAUUGAAACUGAAACGCCUUUGUCUCAUGAUAAUAACAAGUAUCCUUUACGAAGGACUAUAAACAAGAAACAUACAUUUGUUGAACGCGUGGUGCCAAAAAAAUCCAUAAUGAGAAAUAUUCAGUGGGUUGAAGAGGAGUCCUCAAUGUGCCAUCAAUGCCAGAGAAAUGAUAAGGGCAGGGUUGUCAGAUGCACUAAAUGCAAACGGAAAAGAUUUUGCAUUCUCUGUAUAACUAAUUGGUAUCCUAACCGGAAAGAGGAUGAAAUUGCUAAGGCAUGUCCGGUGUGCUGUGGUAAUUGCAAUUGCAGAGCAUGCUUGCGAUCACGUGUACUUCUCAAUGAAAUAAAAGAGAAGAAGACAGAAACCAACAAAGAUCAUGAGGUUGGGCCCUCCAAGUAUAUGCUGAAAGAACUUCUUCCGCAUUUAAGACGAUUGGAUGAGGAACAAAUGGCCGAGAAGGGGAUAGAAGCGAAAAGACAAGGGCUCCCACUUUCUGAGCUAAAAAUAGAAGUAGCAGAUUACUCUAAAGAUGAGAGUGUGUACUGUGAUAACUGCAAAACGUCAAUAUUUGACUACCACAGAAGCUGCACAAUAUGCUCUUUUGUCCUUUGUCUCCUCUGUUGUUGUGAGCUUCGCAGCGGGCAGCUUCUAGCCGGUGCAGAUACUAUUGAGUCCGAGCUUAUCUUCCGGGGACGUGAUUAUUUGCAUGGUGGAGAUGAAGAGAGUACAGUCAGAAAUAUUGACUCUCAUGUUGCUGCCCAGCCUGAGGUUCGUGAAUGGUCAAGAUCUCGGUGGCAUGCAGAUAGUGACGGUAGCAUUCCAUGUCCAAAAGCCGAUAAUGAAUGUGAUCAUGGUUUCCUUGAAAUGAGAAGGAUACUUCCUCCAAAUUGUAUCUCCGAGUUAGUAUGUAAAGCAGAAGAACUUGCAGAAAAAAUUGAGCUUCACGAUGCAGAGGAGACUUUUGAUAAUAGGUGUUCGUGUUGGAAGUCUGUUAGGAGUGCCGACGGUAUAUACAGUAACCUAAGGAAAGCAGCUUUUCGUGCAGAUUCUAGUGACAACUUUUUAUACUCUCCUAAGGCUGUAGAUCUACAUCAUAAAGAUUUAGGACAUUUUCAGUGGCAUUGGAGCAAAGGGGAGCCUGUAAUUAUCAGCAGUGUACUUGAAAGCUCGUCUGGUUUAAGUUGGGAACCACUUGUCAUGUGGCGUGCAUUCCGUCAGAUAUGCAAUGCCAAGCACAAAACUAUUUUGGAUGUGAAGGCAAUUGAUUGCUUAAAUUGGUGCGAGCAAGAUAUUAAUAUCCACCAAUUCUUUACUGGUUACACAAAGGGUCGGUCGGAUUGGCUUAAUUGGCCUCAGAUUUUGAAAUUGAAAGAUUGGCCUCCUUCUAAUUUAUUUGAGGAAAUUUUGCCUCGUCAUUGUGCCGAGUUCAUAUCUUUUCUGCCGUAUAAAGAUUAUACAGAUCCUGUCAAGGGCGCUCUUAACCUUGUUGUGAAGUUGCCUGAAGAUGUUCUAAAGCCAGACAUGGGCCCAAAAACAUAUAUUGCCUAUGGAUUUGCUCAAGAGCUUGGACGUGGUGAUUCUGUGACUAAGCUCCAUUGUGACAUGUCUGAUACAGUAAACGUGUUGACUCAUAUCGCUGAAGUAGAAUUGGCUCCUUGGCGCAUUCCUGCCAUUGAGAAAUUGAGACAAAAGCACCUUAAGCAAGAUAAGAGAGAGCUUCAUCGUAAUUAUUUGGACAGAGACGAUGGCCAGUCUUGCGAGUCAGAACUCAAAGUGGAUUCUUUAGAUGGUGCUGUUUGGGAUAUUUUUCGGAGAGAGGAUGUACCUAAAUUGCAGGAAUAUCUUAAGAAGCAUUUCAGAGAGUUUAGGCAUGUCCAUUGCAGUCCUUUAAAGCAGGUUAUUCACCCUAUCCAUGAUCAGACCUUUUAUCUGACUCUGGAGCACAAGAGGAAACUUAAAGAGGAGUAUGGAAUUGAGCCUUGGACUUUUACUCAGAAGUUAGGAGAUGCUGUUCUCGUUCCUGCCGGCUGUCCUCACCAAGUCAGGAAUCUCAAGUCAUGCAUCAAGGUAGGACUUGAUUUUGUCUCGCCUGAAAAUGUUGGCGAAUGCUUUCGUUUGACAGAGGAAUUUCGUAAGCUUCCGAUAAACCACAGGUCUGCCGAGGACAAGUUGGAGGUGAAGAAAAUGACUGUAUAUGCUAUGCUUGAUGUGGUUCAAGUAUUGUUGGAAAGGUUCAGGCAUCUUUGGUUAUAG